UGUAGCACUUCAAGAACAACAUAAUUAAAACAUGUUUUAAUGUAAAAAGUUUUGAGUUUAUUUGAAAUUUUGUUUGUAAUAAUAUGGUAUUAUUAAUUAGUCAUUUAUGUUUUUCUGUUUGUCAGGAGGAAGUAUCUGUUGUGUGUUGAGCACGGUGUGUGUGUUUGUGCAUAAAUGUGCAUGUGUAUGUGUUUGUGUGUGUGUGCAUGUGUGUGUAUGUGUGGUGUGUAUGCGUGUGCUUGUGUUACAUAGGGUGACCAUAUUCUGGUUUUCCGAAAAGAGGAUGCACGUCAUAAUGCAACUAAAGCCGAAUCCUGGACAUUUUUGCAAAUUUAGAAAUCCCGGCCGGACGCUUUUUUAAGGUCCGAAAAAGAGGACAUGUCCAGGAAAAAGAGGACGUAUGGUCACCCUAGUGUUACAGGAGAGAAAUAAAGGGAUGCAUGCUUUAUUAUGGUGUUAUAUUCACACAGAAGUUAAUACCUUCAUUCAAGGUGAGAGUGUGGAUUGGUUUGUCUGACAUCGAGAAGAGGGCAACCUGACAUGGGUGGAUAAUUCAACGCUGAAUAAAGGAUUUUGGGACAAAAAUGAGCUGAAUGACGACCUUGGAAAUGAGGAUUUUGUUGAAGUGCUUCCUUUAAAACCCAUUCUGAACAACUGGAAUGAUUUCCCAUGCUCAGAGAAGAAAAGAGGAUUUGUGAGAAUUAGGAUUCAUCCCUUUAUUAUAUAUGCCCCAAUUAUUCUGCAGAGCUAUUCUGCAUGAACGUGGCAUCACAUUACAUUAUUUCCUGUUUUCAGGAUAAGACUUCUAUCUGAAUCAAUGAAGCCACAUCCUGUUAAGUGAGGUAUAUAAUCUAGAUCUCAUCAUCCUGAAGACUUCAGCUUAUCUGUGAAGACACUGAUGAAGUCAUGGAACUGGUAGAUGUUUAUGAAGAUGCUGAAAACGAGAACAGCGAGAAGUCCAGUAAGAGAUUCCUGGACAGAGAUGAAGAUAUUAUUGAGGAUGAGGAGACAGAUGCCCAUCGAGGAAGUAUCUGUUGUGUGUUGAGCACGGUGUGUUUUGGGCUCUUAUAUGCUCUCCUGUUCAUCGUCAAUAUAGUUCUGCGUACCAGGAUCACUGCUGACACAGACCUGUUAAAGAUGAGUUACAAGAACAUGAUUUAUGAGUACAACAAAUGUACAGAAACAUUUCAUGUCAAUUACAGUGAUCUAACUAGUGAAAAAGAUAAAUUUCAGAACAGGUACAUAUCUUUGGUGCAGAAGAAUCAGGAUUUGGAGACCAGAAUCAAGUCUUUGAAUGAUGAACUUAAGAAAAAAGAUUCUGAACGAGUGAAAUCAAACGGGUGGCACUGGUUCUUCAUAUCCAGUAAAGAGAAGAGCUGGUCAAACAGCAGACAGUUCUGUAGGGAUCAUGGUGGGGAUCUGGUCAUUAUCAACACUGAAGAGAAGCAGAGGUACAUCACUUCACUGGUCAAGAAGAACGCUUGGAUUGGUUUGUCUGACAUCGAGAAAGAGGGCAACAUGACAUGGGUGGAUAAUUCAACACUGACUAAAGGAUUUUGGGACACAAAUGACGGUCUAGGGAAUGAGGACUGUGUUGAAGUGCUUUCUUCAAAACCCUUCCUGAACAACUGGAAUGAUCUCUCAUGCACAGAAAAGAGAAGAUGGAUUUGCGAGAAUUAGGUUUCAUUUCUUCUUGUCAUGAGCUGACUUUGUGUUUUUGUGUUAAAAAUUAAGAGUGAACGGAUGAAACUUGUUACGACAAAAAUGUAAAAUUGUCUGUAUUUUC